UGCAGUUCAACUUGACACUUAUCAACGUAAACAAAAUUGAAGUUGUUUAGUUUUUGGUAACAAUUUUCUUUUAUUACAGUAAACUAUGACUAUAUAUCAUUUAUACAUUUUCGAUAAAUUCGGCAAUAUGCUGUACUACGCAGAAUGGAACCGCACGAAAAAGUCUGGUGUUAGCAGAGAAGAGGAAGCUAAACUCACGUAUGGCAUGCUUUUUUCAAUUAAAUCCUUUGUGAGUAAAAUAUCACCUCAUGAUCCUCGCGAGGGAUUUCUCUACUACAAAACUAACAGAUAUGCCCUUCACUAUUUGGAGACGCCCUCUGGUCUAAAAUUUGUGCUGUACACCGACACUGCUGCACUGAAUGUAAAGGAACUGUUGCAGCAGUUGUACAGUAAAGUGUGGGUAGAGUAUGUCGUGCGCGAUCCACUGUGGUCACCUGGCACUCCCGUGACAUCGGAACUGUUUCAAACAAAGUUAGAUGAGUUUAUAAAGCAGUCAUCCCUCUACGGCAUUCGUAAUAUUUGAAAGGAGUUUUCUUAUAUCUCCAUAUCCGUUACCAAGAGUAUAGUAGAAGAGUAUUUGCUAAAUGUGCUGAUAAUUAAGACUGUUAUAUAUUUUUUCAUACAUUGCUCAUAUUUGUAUGUAUCAAGCAGCUUUAAUUACCGAGUGAAGAUGUUGUAAGAGAUAUUUUUGUUUCAAUUCGAGCUCUUUCUGUCAGAUUAAUUACUUAUUUCUUGAAUUAAAAAAUUAAUUGAUUAAAAAUUAA